CUGUGUUGUGUGUGACAGGAUAUCACUCAAUGCCUCAUCAGAAAUGUCACUGUGUCACUGUGUUUCUACACAGAAGCAGCUGGGAGAGACACAGACAGAAAUACAGCAGAGAAUCCAGGAGAGACUGAAAGAAGUGAAGGAGCUCAAACGGGCUGUGGAGUCACUGAAAAGAUCUGCAUGCAUAGAAAUAAAGGAAAGUGAGAAGAUCUUUACUGAGCUGAUCCGAUCCAUUGAGAAGAUCCACACUGAGGUUAUUGAGCUGAUUGGAGCUAACGAGAAGGCUGCAGUGAAUCAGGCUGAAGGACGCAUGAAGAAACUGGAGCAGGAGAUUGCUGAGCUAAGGAGGAGAAACGCUGAGCUGAAACAGCUUUCAGAGACAGAGGAUCACAUCCAUUUUCUACAGAAUUUCCAGUCUCUCUGUGCCCCUCCUGAAGCUGGAGACUUACCCAGCGUUACUGUCAAUACAGACAUCUCUUUUGGGGCCGUGAGGAAAGCUCUAUCUGAACUUAAAGACCAUAUUGAGGACUUCUUCAAGUGGGAAUUAGUCAAAAUAACCACAACAGUGAAUGAAGUUGCAGUUUACAUUCUGCAGGCUCCAGAGCCAAGGAACAGAGCUGAGUUUUUAAAAUAUUCCUGUCAGCUCACACUGGACCCAAACACAGCUCACAGAAACCUCUAUCUGUCUGAAGGGAACAGAAAGGUGACAUUGAGGACAGAGACC